CAUGAAAAAGCCAACGAAACGCAGACUUUCCUUCUUAAAACGCACAAUCCGCUUUCUUUUGUCUUUCUUGUGCUUUCACUCCCACGCUCUCACUCGCUCCAAAAUGCGCCUAACGCUGCCCCAAAACCUGAGUCUCUCGCGCCUCAAAACCCUCCUCUUGAUCGUCUCCUUUCUCUUCAUCCUCUACCUCCUCUUCUACCGUCGCGAUUGGCACGCGCCGCCAACCGUAGUCUCACGCGUAUUCGAUUAUCCUCUCACGCGCCGACACCUCCUCUUCGCCAUUGCCUCCUCGUCCCAGUCUUGGCCCCGAAGGAAGCCCUACCUACGCAUCUGGUACUCCCCCAAUUCCACCCGCGCGUUCGCUUUCCUGGACCGCGUCGCGGCCUCCGACGCCGGAAAUGACAGUACCGUCCCUCCGGUCGUCGUCUCCGCUGACACCUCCAAGUUCCCGUACACGUUUCGUGGAGGUCUCCGGUCGGCGAUCCGCGUGGCGCGCGUGGUUAAAGAGAUAGUGGAUCGCAACGAGAAGGACGUGCGGUGGUACGUGUUCGGCGACGACGACACCGUUUUCUUCGUGGACAACCUGCUGAAAACACUAGCGAAGUACGACCACGCACGGUGGUUCUACGUUGGGAGCAACUCGGAGAGCUACGAGCAGAACGUGAAGUACUCGUUCGACAUGGCGUUUGGCGGUGGAGGCUUCGCGAUAAGCUACUCGCUCGCUAAGGUUUUGGCAAGGGUUUUGGAUUCGUGCUUGGUGAGGUACGCACAUUUGUACGGAAGCGACGCUAGGGUUUUCUCGUGCUUGGCGGAGCUUGGUGUUGGUUUAACUCAUGAACCUGGGUUUCAUCAGGUAAAGAUUGAUUAAGCAUUUUCUAAUCAAUUAAUUUUGAGUUAGUCUUAAGCUUAAUUUGGUAUUAUGCGUCGGAUAUAAUUACAUUUGUUGUAAUGAUAUGAUGUAAUUACAUUAUGAUUGUUUUUAAAGCUCAAACUAAGUUUAAUUUAUGAUAAAUGAUACAAUGUUGAUGCAGACAAACAAAAGGAAGUUUUAGGAGACGUGUGUAGUUUGCUGUCUUUGGUAUUAGGUAAUUUCUGGGAUGAAUUCUCGGGGGUUGGCCACAACCUUCUACUUGGGCAAUGCUUCUUGGGUAAUUCUUCUAUGACCCAAGUUGAAGAGCCAAUCGGCCAACCCCUUUUAAGUCGAGGUAUGGGACUCAUAGGAUGAGUA